AUGGUGCCCACUCGAUCCUUCCUUUUGGUGCUCCUUACGGAAGCACUUUGGUUUUGCCCCUCAGAGGACCCAGAGGCUUCUCUCUUGGCCGGGGACGAUGCCUGCAUUGACUCCGAAGAGGGUGAGUGCAGCGUCUCUUUGCGUCAGCUUCGUCUAGGCCGGCAACAGGCGGCGGAGGAAGGGUACGACCAAGAAGAAGUCGAGCCUGUCUCCAUCGUCCUACCCUGCACAGAGCACUCCGAGUUUGCCGCCGACUAUGACUCCGGCAACUUGCAGAGUUCUUUAGCAGAGGUCAAGGAGCAUGUCCAAGACACGGGAGCAGCGGAUGGCGCAGAGAGGGGUUGCUGGCAGGCGAAUGUUUACUACAGGGAGGCCAACAAUGCGAUCACCAUGCCUGGUACGCAUCGGAUGCUCCUACCUUCUCCAGAGAUAUGCCAGGGGGCAUGCGCGAAAACCCCCGGUUGUGGCCACUUCUCCUUCUGGAGGGAUGGAGGUUGCCUUUUGACCAGUUCCGGUGCUCACGCCAUCGGCCAUGGCGGAGUGGUCUCCGGCCCAGGGAGUUGCACUGAUGCCGCAGGCGCCGCCGCCAGUGCUGGUCCAACUUACACUUACACCGCCCCAAGUGUGAUGACGGUGAAAGCACGUGGCGGCUUAGAGCCCCCGAAGGAGGUCCAGGAGUACAACGGCGUCGCUUGGCCAACCAUGAAGAUCGCGGAUCAGAAGAAGGAGUACCACAUGUUUGCCAUCGGCGACUGGGGAAGCUUGGUUGGAACUAACCCAGGUCAAAUGGUCCAGUACAAGGGCGGUCACACCAAUGGUCCUCAUACAAUGGCCCGCUGGCGAGGAGGGUGCAAUACUGACACGAUGAGGUCUUGCUUUGCUGGCGAAUCUUGCCCCAAAUCCUGCAACUACGUGCCCGAUGCGGACUAUCGGGCGCAGGUAAAUGUGGCAACCACCAUGAAAAAGUUCGCCAAAGAACGUCAGCCGGACCUCUACAUCAACGUGGGAGACAACUUCUACUGGGGAGGUGUGAACACAGCCUGCGGAACGCCGAUGAACAAGAUCCAUCCGGUGACAGCACACCAGUUCACAGAGAUCUUCGAGAAAGUCUACACCGGCGAUGGCGUGGACGGAAAGCCAUGGCUCAGUGUACUCGGCAACCACGACUACGGGGGCUUCCAGUUUCUAG